UCCGCGGGGGCGGGGAGGCUCCGCCGGUGUCCGAGUCGGAGGAGGAGGAAGCGGAGGCCAGAGUUUCCUCGCCGAGAGAGGCCGUGCUGCUGCCUAAUGGAGUCCAGGCGCUCGCGUCACAGGAAAUGCCUAUACUGCCCUCCUCACUCACUUCCGGUGGCAGGGUGAACAUGUGCUCAAGUACACACAUGGACCACGGCCGAGGGUUAUGCAACGAGAUCUUCCAAGUACGGCUGGCUCACACACAAGGCCCUGAUGUGGCAACUUCAGCUCUCAUCGCAGGAGCCCUGCUGUACUUGUUGGGAGUGUUUACGUCUAUCAUGUGGUCUGAAGGAUGUCAGACCCUGAGAUGCCAUAUCCAGACCUUGCGAGGAGCCCACAUGACCCAGGGACCCUGGUCUUGGAGCUGGAUAAUUGCCUUUGAUGAGUUAAGGACGGAUUUUAAGAGCCCCAUCGACCAGUGUAACCCUGUUCAUGCGAGGGAACGCCUGAGGAACAUUGAGCGCAUCUGCUUCCUUCUACGAAAGCUGGUGCUGCCGGAAUACUCCAUCCACAGCCUCUUUUGCAUCAUGUUCCUGUGUGCUCAGGAGUGGCUCACCCUGGGGCUGAACGUCCCUCUGCUUUUCUACCACUUCUGGAGGUAUUUCCACUGUCCAGCAGACAGCUCUGAGCUCGCCUACGACCCGCCCGUGGUCAUGAACGCGGACACCUUGAGUUACUGUCAAGAGGCCUGGUGUAAGCUGGCCUUUUAUCUCCUCUCCUUCUUCUACUACCUUUACUGCAUGAUCUACACUUUAGUGAGCUCCUAACUCGGAGACCACGCACAUCCUCAGAGACUGGGAUGGGAGAGGCUUGAGAUGGAGAAGUCCGCUUCUACGGGUGGCUGGAGAGGGGACCAGUGUGGGGUUGUGACUGAAGGAGAUGGGCAGCCACUCUGAAUGGGGAGCCGGAAGCACGCAGCAGCCAGCGGCCAAGUCAGCCCUCCGUGCGCAUGUGUUGCGGCCCUGUGCGUCUGUCUUUGCUGUUCACACCCCACACCCGGGCCGUUGAUCCCUUCAGCUGGCCCGAGGGGUUACGAAACACGAACCUCUCCUGAGCAAGAAUGGAGAAUCGCUGCUUUCUGAAUCCACUUCAUCGAACGGCUCCCUGCAAGUUCACACUGCAUUGCUGGACUGUGGCGUGGCGGCUGGAAGGCUGGAAGGUGCCUGCUUGGGAAGGGCGGACCCAGCGUCAAGGCUGAGUGUCUGUGGGAUGGACUGAAGGCCUCUAGGACAUCAUGAGCUACUGAGACCCCUGCCUUUCUUCCAAGUCCUAGCCAUCCCCUUCACUUCCAAGGGAAGGGCCUGGAAGGUGUGCAGAUUUGCAUGGGGCAACAUCCAGCCCUGAGCCUGCUGGGGUGUCUGUUUCCCCACUCUGUUUUGUGAGAGCCCAGCUUAGGGAAUUUAGUGACCUCAGGAGCAGAGUUGGGAGCCGUAUGUUGGUACAGAGUUAUGGCCGAAGUGACGCGUGGGUGGGGGGGUGGGCAGGGGAGGUUUGGGGGGGAUCGUGGAAAAGAAGUGAUUUUUUAAGGCAUUUAUGACAUGUUCCCAGUGUUAGUUCUUCACCACCACAAACUGUAUUCUUCUGUUUCAUCCCAAACCACAGAGUCGUUGAAUGCGAAUCCAUUGGUCAAAGCUCCUGGCUUCUAAGGCUCUCCAAACAGUUCGGAGACCAGAAAAGGCUGGAGUGGCAACUCUGUACUAGGGGCAUUGGGCCGUUGAGCAGUGAGACAACGUGAUUCUAGCUUCAUUUCUGAUGCUGCAUCAUUCGUGCUGUUCAGUUCAGCGUGAGGACGUUAGCACAUUUAGAAUUUUCCAUUCAAGGUGUAAGGGGAUUGUAAAUAAUGACAAGGCUGAGAUUGUUAUUAUGUUUAAAUUGGGCACCAUGAUCUUGACCUUACUCCCCGAACGUCCCCUCUUUUCUUCUGUUUGACACACACAGGCUAUUUAUACAUGUACCAGCUUCCAGCUGAAGUCGGUGACUCAGGUUUAUGAAUGGUGUUUGUGUCACACGUGUGCUAUCUUUAAAACGCUGCAGCCACUUCAGUGUCUCGCCUACCUGGCUGUCUCAUUGAAACCCAUGACAGGCUGGCUUCCUCCCCAGAGGGAUGGUAAGCUGGGAGGUAGAAAAGCAACGUUUCAAAAAGGCAUUUUGCAUCGAAAAAUUCUACGGAAAACAAAAUACAGACUUCCACUUUGAAGCUGAAGGAUAGAACCGGAGGAUUCGAGGGAAAAUUUCGGGGAGCAGGCUUCCCCUUGGCCAAUACCCAUUGCCCUGGGCUGAGUAACUGUGGUAGAGGUGGUGCGUUUCCUGUAGGGCAGGCUGGCCUUAUCUCUGUAUCCAUCCCUGAAAUGACCAGCUACCUUCAUGUGGAGAAACUAGCCCAUGGGUUUGCAGACAGCGAGUCUAACCCCACCGUCAUUUUGCAGGUACAGUGGACGGUCCGUGUUUCUUCUCACCACAGAGCUGCUGUCUGUUUUGAUACUUUGCCUCCCUCCAAAAAGAUGUGAAGUGGCUUAUAAUAGCAGACACAAGGAAGCAAAGAUGGUGAAAAGGAAACAGGAAAUUCAAACUCAUACAUCAGGAGGACACAGAGAUGCCCGCUUCCUAAAGUACUCUCUUUGCUAUGAUUGGCAUUAAAUUGGAUAUCAUUUCUCUUAGCAGUAA